GGUGGGCCAGCCUUGGAGGCAGAGGAGGACAGACAGACCGAUCUUUUGCACCUUGGUUCUCAGCCUCUCCACGCUCCGCUCACGUCACGGUUCCUCUCCGAUUGGCGUCCGAUUGAUAGAUCUCCGUCUGGCCCCUAGGAGGCCCACCACAGCCCCCAACGCACAGACGGGGGACGACGAUGAAUCACCAAGGUUACAGUGCCCAUCUGUAGGGCUGCGUGAGCCUGCCUCUCUGUGUUGACUCUGUGGGACUAGCUAUGUGGGUUUGGGACACCGUGGCAGGUUAAUGAAUAACUAAACGAUAACUCCCGCUGCACUGACAGCUGUGGGAUUAGCAUGUUCACCUGAGCUCAGGUGGAUUGGAUAUCCCGGGAAAGUAAAGAGAUGUUUUGAAAUGGAUCCUUUUCCUGGUUUACAGAGUACCAGGUUGUAUAUCUGAAGUCUGCCGAGUUCUUUGACAUGCUGGAAAGGAUGCAGGAUGACUACAUCCCAUACCCGCGGAUAGAGGACAUUCUGAAGAAGGGUAGCCCAUACCCGCAGGUGAUCCUGCCCCAGUUUGGGGGUUACUGGAUUGAGGAUGCCGAGGCGCUUGCGGGCACCCCCACCUCCUCGGAGAGCAGCUUCUGUGAGGAGGAUGACGGAGGGGGCAUGAGCCCUGGGGGAGGGUUCGGCUUCAGGCUGGAGUGUAACAGCUCGGCCAGGGCCUACCGCAAACACUUCCUGGGCAGGGAGCAUAUGAACUACUACUGCACAGGCAGUAGUCUGGGGAACCUCAUUAUGUCACUGAAGCACGAGGAGGCAGAGGGCCAGGAGUUCCUCCGCAUCUUGCUCAGGUCGAGGACAAAGACACACCAUGACAGGAUCUCUCUGGCAGGCCUCAACCAGCUUCCCAGUGUACCCCAGAUAGCCAAGCUCCUCUGUGACGACGUGACUGGCCUGAAGUUCAACCCGGUCCUGUACCCCAGAGGCUCUCAGUUGAUAGUAGGUUAUGACGAACAUGAAGUGAACAACACCUUUAAGUUUGGUGUCAUCUACCAGAAGUUUGGUCAGACGUCAGAGGAGGAGUUGUUUGGGAACAACGAGGAGACGCCAGCCUUCCGGGAGUUCCUCAGUGUUCUGGGAGACAACAUAGAGCUGAACGACUUUAAGGGGUUCCGUGGUGGUCUGGACGUAUCUCACGGUCAGACAGGCUGUGAGUCCGUCUACACCGUCUUCAGAGAGAGAGAGAUGAUGUUCCACGUCUCCACUAAACUACCCUUCACUGAGGGAGACGUACAACAGCUCCAGAGGAAGAGGCACAUAGGAAAUGACAUCGUGGCGGCGGUCUUCCAGGAAGAUGCCACACCCUUUGUGCCUGACAUGAUCGCCUCCAACUUCCUCCAUGCGUAUGUGCUGGUGCAGGUGGAGAACCCUGGUACUGAACACACUACAUACAAGGUGUCUGUUACAGCGAGGGAGGAUGUACCUCCGUUUGGCCCACCUCUCCCCAAUCCAGCGGUCUUCAAGAAAGGUCCUGAGUUCCGCGACUUCCUCCUGACAAAGCUGAUCAAUGCAGAGAACGCCUGCUACAAGUCUGACAAGUUUGCCAAGCUAGAGGGGCGGACACGAGCUGCGCUGCUGGAUAACCUUCACGAUGAGCUCCACAGACAGACCCAAGUUACUCUGGGGCAAGGCCAGGCUGGGGAGGAGGACAAGCUGGAGAAUGGGGGCCAUGGGGGACUGCUGGAGUCCUUCAAGCGUGCCAUGCGCGUCCGGAGUCACUCCAUGGAGACCAUGGUGGGGUCCCACCGUCACCGGAGUCCAGGGGUGGGAGGGGGGGUCCCGGCCAGCUUGAGUGGAGGGGGGCUGCCGCAGAGCACCGAGUGCACAAAGAGUACCUUCACGCCACCGGUACUGUCAGCCAAGUCUCCCCUAAAGAGUCCAGUGAAGCGUCGUUCAGGCCUCUUCCCCCGCCUCCACUCCAGCACAGAGAGCCCCUCGGACAGACACACGCGCAGUGACCAAAAGACCCCAGACAUCUGCCCGCUCGGACAGGAAGGGAGGUCAGAGACGUGGUCCAACCCCAGCUCGCCGGAGAGGCCGUUCCUCAAGCUGAAGGACUGCAGCAGACCCAACAUCUCCCGCUCCUCCUCCAGCACCAGCAGCUUCAGCAGCACCACCGGGGAGGGAGAGGCCCUGGAGGAGCUUGACACUGGAACCCACCCGUCCAUAGCCUCCUCGUCCAUGUUCAGCCCCUACCCUUCCCUCAGCGUGGAAAGCCAAGGCUCUGCCACCCCCCUCAUCAUGUGUCGCAGUCCCACAGAUGUAAAGAGUAAGAUGUCUCCCAGGUCAAACUUGAAGUUCCGCUUUGACAAGAUGAGUCACGCCACAACUUCCGAAUAGAAAUCUGGAUUUUCCAGAAAAGGGACAACACUGUUGGAGCAAAAAACAUCCACAAUAUCCCCAACGCAUCACAGUGGAAUCACAAAAUGUACUUAACUUCAUGACUAAAGGGAAUUAAGUGGAUUAGCUAGUGCAUAAGAGCACACAUGCAGACAGAUAUGGGGUGGAAAGGAGGGAGAAUCCUAUGAGUCCUCUCAGUAUCUCUCUCUCCCUCUCUCUCUCUCUCUCUCUCUCUCUCUCUCUCUCUCUCUCUCUCUCUCUCUCUCUCUCUCUCUCUCUCUCUCUCUCUCUCUCUCUCUCUCUCUCUCUCUCUCUCGAUGUGUCUGGUACAGAAAUAGCUCACAGUGAGCGGCUAGGCGCCAUGUGUUGCUGAAAUACUCAUCUGUAACAUUAACCUCAUACAACAACUAGACAAGGCAAGGUUUAAAGGUCCAAUGCAGGCAUUUUUAUCUCAAUAUAAUAUCAUUUCUGGGUAACAAUAAAGUACCUUACUGAGAUUGUUUUCAAAUGGUCAAAAAGAAACAAAAAUAGCUCGUUAGCAAAGAGCAAUUUCUCAAGCAAGAAUUUUGCUAGGACUCUCUGGGAGUGGGGAGGGGAAAA